AUGGCAGAAGAAUCAAACAACGGCACCAAUCACAUGCAAGAUCUUCCCAAAGUGCUGCUUCUGGGCCCGGGUCCGCCAUUUUGCUUCGAAUCCCUUCAACUUCUCUACUCUCACAAGUUCCAUUUUCUCAACCCUCACCUCUCAGAUCUCUCGCUGCAACACUUCCUUGACCACCACCACCCUCCCUCCAUUCCCGCCAUUCUCUGCAGCCCCAAACACUCCGUUACCGCCGACGUCCUCCGCCUCCUCCCGUCGCUCCGUCUGGUCCUCACCACCAGCGCCGGAACGAAUCACAUCGACCUCCGCGAGUGCCGUCGCCGGGGAAUCCAGGUAGCCAACUCCGGAGCUCUGUUCUCGGAGGAUGUGGCGGACAUGGCUGUGGCUCUUCUUAUAGACGGAUUGAGGAAAAUCUCGGCGGCCGAUCGAUGGUUAAGGACGCAGAAUCGCCAGAAUACACCUUGGGAUUUAUUCCCUCUGGGCUUCAAGUUAUCAGGGAAGCGAGUUGGGAUUGUUGGAUUGGGAAGCAUUGGCAUGGAAGUGGCCAAGAGGCUGGAGCCUUUUGGUUGCAUUAUCUCAUACAACUCUAAGCAUAGAAAAGGUAGAGUUUCGUAUCCUUUCUGUUCUACUGUACUUGAGCUUGCAGCUACUUGUGAUGUUCUUGUAGUCUGUUGUGCCCUAAAUGAGGAAACAAAGCACAUAAUUAACAGGGAAGUCAUUUUGGCAUUGGGAAAAGGAGGGUUUAUUGUCAAUGUUGGAAGAGGGGAGCUUAUUGAUGAAAAGGAAUUGGUUAAGUGUUUGAUGGAAGGGGAAUUAGGAGGUGCUGGUUUUGAUGUGUUUGAGAACGAGCCUCGUAUUCCCCAAGAGCUCUUUAAAAUGGAUAAUGUGGUUUUGUCUCCGCAUGUUGGGCCUUUGACUGAAUCUUACAUGAAUAUUUGUGCACUUAUGGUAGGGAAUUUAGAAGCCUUCUUCUUGAAUAAGCCCCUACUUACUCCACUUAUCUUGUCUGAAUAA